AUGUGGCAUGCGAAGCGUUUUCGCAUGAGCGGUGAAAAAGCUGCACCUGAUGGAGGCGCUGGUCGCUGGGGUUUUAGUCUCGCAGAGACGCCCCAUCAUAAGAGCUUCCGCAUGACUUGGCGCAAGACUUCGCACGCAGUAAUGCACGACGCGAGCUAUACAUCGGCCUUUUACGUGACUGCGCGAGCGAAGCGCUUAGUGGAUGCGACAACACGUCUCCAGCUUUUUCUCAUGUUACUUGGUGCUGCACAUGGCUGGGAAGAUUCAUGGACGUCAGGAUCACGCCUUUGUCGCACAGCCUUGCUUGAUCGUCCAUACGGUGCGCAGAAGCGCACAAAAGCACAGGCUGCGUUUUUACGGGUUAUUUCGCCGUUGCAAGUGCUAUGGGUGCCGCGCGUCGUAGGACACGCGAAACGGGCCUGUGUGCUUCUCAUCCAUCCCGCGGCGGUCGGCGAUCUCCAGUGUGCGCUGGAGCAUGCGUUGGAUACCUUGCGAGCUGAGCAAAAACGCCCGCGACAUAUCUGCGCUGUCCCUCAAAGGUGGACGAAGCAUGUAGACAUCCAGGCCCGACAGGUGGACAUGGCACCAUCACCAGCAGUAGCCGCUGGUGUUUGGCACGAAGAUGCGACAAAGCGACCUCCGAAAGAUAUCGCAGUAUCUCGUCCUGCUGGUGCUUCUGCGUUUGAGGAAGGAUGGAACGUGUUUGAAGUGCUUGGUGAUCAUGCCGCCCAUGCACUUGGGCGUGUGUUGCACCUGAGAGUCAAUGCGACGGAGCCCGAAUCCACCGUGUUGCAUCAGAUCGUACAUGGAGAUUCUGAACCCACGGCAUGGCUUCCAUCAGACAUGGUUCUUACGUUUGACGUUAUUGAUCCUCGGCUCAGCUCAAAAGUCAUGAGGCAGACGUCCGGGUGUGAUAGGCACUUGGCCCUGACCGACGCGUCUCUGCAAGACGAAGAUUUGCCUCGGUACACAAGUGCUCGUUUCUUUCAAAAACGCCAUACUCUCCCAUCACCUACAGCAUUGAUUGACCGGCGACGCGCCCGCGGAGAUGUACACCCCCGUGUGGACGAUACCCUAACGAUUAUGAUGAUUCAGCGCCAUAUUGAAACAUCACCAGGUACAAGGCCUAUGUAUGGUUUCGUACUAUUCAUACCGCGCGGUUGGGGUGCGGUAUUUUGGAAUGCGCUUGCCCGCACAGGCGUGCAAGUUCUCGGACAGGCUCAGCAGCGCGAAAUUUACCUGAACAUGGGGCUUCCGUUAUUCCCAUACGACUGGGUUGGACAUGCAGCACAUGUUUCAGCUACGGACCAAGAUGAAAAGGAACGCAAAGCCCAUUGGCUUGCUCGACCGCCUGCCAAGCGUGUGCAGCUAGAUCCAACCAUGUUUCCCUACCCAUUUGGUGGCAUAGAUCUGUGGGCAAAGCAGGGAGAGGCGGUAGCCAAGCGACCUGUGAUAGUGCCCACACUCUCUACUGAAGCGGCCGAGCAGCUAGACAAGGCGCUUUGUCGAAUCGAGUCGAGCUCGCCCGUACCACGACGGCAGGUUCCGACGCGUGCAUGGACUCGCAGGCAGUACGUCGACGGCAUUUUGCAGGGUUCUCGUCCUAUGCCGCUACCUCCAGAUCAGCGUCCUUUCGUAUUGGUGCUCAUCGUAGCAUGCAGACGGGGUGCAUUUGAUGAGAAUGCGACAUUACACAUGCCGGCGAUGGAUGCGCUACCCGCAUGGCACAGGGCCCUCGACCCCCCCACGUCACUCAAAGCUGCGGCACGUGAGCAACUUCACCAGCUAGAGGCGCAGCCCGUAUCGGUUGCAUCUAUGGCUGGAGCAGUGAGUACAGGUCACUAUGCGUUGGCUACGGGACACGGCCGUGCCAUAGCUGCGUUACAGCUCGAUGCAUGGCUUGAGCUGGAGCGACGGCAGCGCAUAUUGGACGAGCAAGAAUCCCAACGGCCUCGAUGGGGUCAGUGGAAACGCAACCGUGUGCCGCUCAAGCGUCUUGUCUUGGUGCGUCCCGCUAUGACAGGACCUGUUCGUGCAGCAAGUGUCCACCGAGUGCUCACGCUGACUUGA